AUGGACGUUUCACAGAUGUCUGCGUCUGAACUUACAGAGUGGAUCACAUCCCGCUUCUCUGUCAGCUCUGCUGUGUACGUCUAUGACGUCGCCGAACAGGCGGGGUUCGGAGUGCUCGCAAAGACAUGGGCAUCAUCCGUGGAGAAUUCCGCCCCAGUAAUCUCCCUCCAGACGAGAGCAGGUGCGGGUCUUUCUCUCGUCGGGAGGUUGUCGGAAGGUACUAGUCAGGACGCGGUCGACGGAUCAGUCUUGACUGCGUAUACUUCCCCCCGGGGUCUAGCUAUAAUGGCACCGUCCCUUUCCUUUUUACCCCCGGCUUCUCCUGGUAGCAAACUAGUCAUCCAGGUCCCUGCGGUCACACCAGUGGGCGAGACAUUUACUUUUUCGUCCACCCUCGCGAGUCUUGCCACGACACUGAGUCUCCUUCCGGAGAACGUUACUGUUUUGCUCUCUGCCACACCCCAGGAAUCAGUUGACUUCGCAGCCCUCUCGUACGAGCUUGAUACCCACGCCAUUCACAUCUUCGAUCACUACAGCUCAGCCAGGGAGAUCGGGCAUGAAUUGGUGGUCCGUUCCACCGCCGAAAAACCGAUGCUUUCCCUGUCGGACGCCCUACGUCACGCCGGUUAUACACCCUUCGAAUUCGCUGGCGACAGGCACGCCCGCAUAGCGCUCAUCUUUCCUAAUGGACCGUUAGCCCUCUACGCGAGGCACAUCGUCAACCGUACAGAAGGGCUGGCUGUGGUGAUCGUCAAGGUGCUACGCCCUUGGAACGACAACACUCUCCGCGAAAUUAUCCCCUCCACCGUAGAAGAAAUCGUUGUUUUCGAUGACGUACCAAAUGAUACCACACAGGGCCCCCUUUUUGUAGAUGUUUUUGCAUCCGUCUAUGAUCCGCUUCGCUCGGAACGUGUAAUCCGCUCUCAGCGUAUUACCCCAGACAAGACCCAGCUAUUCAUUGUCCACCCCUCCGACUUCGCCAGCCACAUUUUGACAUCGGUCAAAAGCUCCUCCACUGAUCUUCACAUAGAAUCUCCUUCCUCGUCUACGAAACUUCUCUUUUUCAGUACUCCCACUGUUAAUCUCUCGUCUUUCUACCAACUUGUACGGAACACUUUUUCCGGGGCAGCCUCGGUGCGCCACAUCGCUGGCAGUGACGUCUUCAGUAAUUCAGAGGGAUUGGCUGUAGACCGAGUACUCUUUACCCCCAAAGGAGAUGAUCAAGACUUUAUCCCUCUCGAUGUCGUCUUUCCUCUCGAUGGCAGCGGAAAGGCAGACUUUACGUGUGUGUUGGAACCUACCUUGCUCAAAUCUCACUCUGUUCUGGAUGACGCCAAUCCUGGAUCCGCCAUUCUCAUUAUCACUUCAUGGUCCCCUGGCGAGCUCCUGGCGAAUCUGCCGCCCGGUGCUGUGACUCUUGCCCUCCAACGUAAACUGCGUUUCCACACAAUAGAUCCCAAUCUGGUUCUCUCACAGGUUCCCGAUACUGCUACUCGAGAUUUCGCGCGAAACUUGAUGGUGUAUCUUGUUUUCUUGAGGUUAUACCUUGGCGGGACAUCUAGUGAAGGUCUUGUGCGGAAAAUAGCCCAAGGCGUGACACCCCUUACCUUCGGUUCCGAGACCUUCGCCAAGCUCAGCGCUCGCACCUGGCUAGAGCUUAUUCAAGUUCAAUUGCCAACUAACCUGCCGGUCGUGGAGGGUAAAGCGAACAGCCCUCCUCCAUUGAAACGAUUCGAGUUCAACGCCAUCGCAGUCGAUACAGGCGAAGGUGAGGCAACUUCCGGUGGAUCGAAGGUCUCCUCUUGGCAUGAAGCUGCCAAGCACCUUUUGUUCCCAUCUGCUUUCGCGCCGGUACUCCCAGCGCUCGCCGGGCUCAAAGAAGGUUUUCCUCCAAACCCAUCACUCAGGCCAGACCUUCCUGAGCGCACUUACCUCGUCACUUGUGCUGUCAAUCGCCGUUUGACACCUCUCGAGUACGACAGGAACGUGUUCCACCUCGAAUUCAACACCGAGGGAACGGGAUUAAAAUACGCCAUCGGAGAAGCCCUUGGUGUGCACGGAUGGAAUGAUGAACGAGAAGUGCUGGAAUUUUGCGCUUGGUACGGCGUGAAUCCUGAUCGCCUGAUUACUAUCGCAGUACCGGGAGGUGAAGGCAGAGUGUACACUCGUACCAUAUUCCAGGCUUUGCAACAACAGAUUGACUUGUUUGGCAAGCCUCCAAAGUCAUUCUACGCUGACCUCGCGCCAUACGCCACGAACCGGGCGGAUAGGCUCACUCUACAGUUCAUCGGGUCAACAGAGGGUUCUUCAACACUCAAGAUGCUCAGCGAGAAGGAUACAGUGACGUUCGUUGAUGUUCUUCAACGAUACCCCAGUGCUAGACCAAGCAUCGAGGCGUUAUGCGAGUUAAUCGGCGAUAUCAAGCCUAGACACUACAGUAUAGCCAGCUCGCAGAGUGUGGUGGGUGACCGUGUUGAUCUGUUGGUUGUAACGGUCGAGUGGACAUCUUCAAAUGGCAAGUAUAUCUUCUCUGCAAGCAAGCGACGGUAUGGUCAGUGUACGAGGUACCUUGCUGGGCUGAAAGUGGGACAGAAGGUCAUCGUGUCUAUAAAGCCGAGCGUCAUGAAGCUACCUCCCGAUGACAUGCAACCUAUCAUCAUGGCGGGUCUUGGGACUGGUGCUGCACCGUUUCGUGCAUUCCUCCAGCACCGCGCGUGGCUCUCCCAUCAAGGAAUACCUGUUGGUCCGACGUACUAUUAUUUUGGUUCCCGCCACCAAUCACAGGAAUAUCUCUACGGAGAAGAAGUUGAGGCUUACAUUCAAGAUGGAACGAUAACUAAGGCGGGCCUUGCCUUCUCUCGAGAUGGCCCGAGGAAAGUCUACAUCCAACACAAGAUGUUAGAAGACGCGGAAACCCUUGCAGACAUGCUGAAGAACCAACAUGGCGUGUUUUACCUGUGUGGUCCAACAUGGCCAGUCCCUGACGUAUACGAAGCACUGGUUGGCGCUCUGGUGAAGAAUCAAGGCCACACACGAGAAUCCGCAGAUGAAUUUCUCGAACAGCUCAAGGAGGAAGAGAGAUACGUACUUGAGGUAAGGUCCAGGAGCUGUUUCGCGAAUGUAACUAACCAGGAUGGCCAGGUUUACUGA